AUGGAAAUCCUCAUGACAGUCUCCAAAAUCGCCUCCAUCUGUACCAUGGGCGCCAAUGCCUCAGCUUUGGAGAAAGAGAUUGGUCCGGAACAAUUUCCAGUCAAUGAGCACUAUUUUGGUUUGGUUAAUUUUGGGAAUACAUGCUACUGCAAUUCAGUUCUUCAGGCACUUUAUUUCUGUCGCCCAUUUCGAGACAAAGUCCUAGCAUACAAGAGUCAACCAAGAAAAAAAGAGAAUCUCCUUACGUGCUUAGCUGAUCUCUUCCACAGUAUAGCCACCCAGAAGAAAAAAGUUGGAGUAAUACCUCCCAAGAAAUUUAUAACAAGAUUACGAAAAGAAAAUGAACUUUUUGAUAACUACAUGCAGCAGGAUGCGCAUGAAUUCUUAAACUAUUUAUUAAAUACGAUUGCGGAUAUCUUGCAAGAGGAAAGAAAACAGGAGAAACAAAAUGGUCGCCUUCCUAACGGCAGCAUCGACAAUGAAAAUAACAGCCCUCCAGACCCAACCUGGGUUCAUGAAAUAUUUCAGGGAACCUUAACGAAUGAAACCAGAUGUCUUACAUGUGAAACUAUAAGCAGCAAAGAUGAAGACUUCUUAGACCUUUCAGUCGAUGUGGAGCAAAAUACUUCCAUCACUCAYUGUUUAAGGGGUUUCAGCAAUACAGAAACUCUGUGCAGUGAAUACAAAUAUUACUGUGAAGAGUGUCGCAGUAAGCAAGAAGCACAUAAAAGAAUGAAAGUAAAAAAGCUGCCUAUGAUUCUAGCACUCCACUUGAAGAGAUUUAAAUACAUGGAUCAGCUGCAUCGUUACACAAAGCUCUCUUAUAGAGUAGUUUUUCCUUUAGAGCUUCGUUUAUUUAACACCUCAGGAGACGCCACCAAUCCUGACAGAAUGUAUGACCUUGUUGCUGUGGUAGUUCAUUGUGGAAGUGGCCCUAAUAGAGGACAUUAUAUUGCAAUAGUGAAGAGUCAUGAUUUUUGGUUGCUUUUUGAUGAUGAUAUCGUAGAGAAAAUUGAUGCACAAGCUAUUGAAGAAUUCUACGGGUUGACAUCAGACAUCUCCAAGAACUCAGAGUCUGGUUACAUCCUCUUCUAUCAGUCCCGGGACUGAGGGGGAGCUGGAGCCAAGUGGUUUCUAUGCCUCGCUUCUUCUCUAACCAUCAUGGAACGGAGCAAGCGCUGAAGAAAGGAAUGCAGGAAGCUCCAGGGGCAGUAGCACAGUUUGCACACAAUUAAGCAAAGAAUUUGAGAUUUGUUUUUAAAACCUUCAUAUCAUUUGCAUUUUAUUUGCUCAGGUAUCAUGUUGACUACACAUCUCCACUGCAUCCCAUAAGCAAAAAGAGAUACCAGCCACUCUCGCAGGAGCUUUCAAUAGCUGAUCCUAUCUCUGUGGUCCUAAUUCAAACCCCAUUAACGUCACUGGAGGACUUUUCAUGGACUUCAGUGGAAUUUGAAUCAGAUUCUAACUGCACUGCCAGAUUAGUGCAAUAGGAGUAUUARAAAUCUGAUAUUUUAUACAGACUUCUUGUAUAAAAGGUAAAGGAUUCUUUGUGAACUUGGUUUCCUGUACUUAAGUCUGAAAGAAUGAGGUUGGGAGGGUUAGUAUGUAAGCAAGAAGUUWUAUUUGGGCCCAACACAGUUGCCUUCUUGAUGGUAGUAGUUUAUCUGAAAAUAUGAACUGGUGUCAGGGAGGCAAAGUAUGUUUUGCUUCUCUGAAGAAGCUUACGUUAUUUAUAAUAUAUGAUCGGGAACAAUCAGUCAAGAUUAUGGCUUUUAAUCUCCGUAUGGGGAAAGAUUUGGUUUGUAAUAGUUUAUUUCUAUUUAUAAAUUAUUGUAACUUCUUAGGAUCCUGUGUGUUGUCCUUUAUUCUAACAAGUAUUGGACUUUUUAUAUAUUGAUUUGAAUUAAAACUAAGUAUCUUCAAGAGUUUGAAACACAGCCAAUAUAAAUUCUAAAAACAAUACCUACUAUGUCUUUAAAAAUGAAUGACAUAGAAGAGAGAAUUCCUUCUGGAGCAACUGGUAUCUAAGUGUGCUAUUUUAUUUAAUUCAAUCAGAAUWUUUCUCUGUGCAUUAAAUGAUGGUGCAGUGGUGGUAAACUGGUCUUUAUAGUUCUUUAAUUAUUUGUUAAUCAUUCAUAUUCUUAAGUAAAUUAGAAUGACCUGGAUCAAAGUAAAGAGUUUACAGAAUAUUUUUCCCUCUCUUUAAAAUGGAUCCACUUCAGGCAGUGGCCGUGGUGACUAUCUUAAAAAACCUCAAGGCCUCAAAUGUGAAAUACGUCUGAGUAAUAAAAUAAUAAUAAUAAAAGCUUGGAUUUCAUGAACCUGAAUAUACCACAUUCCUUUAAAAGUGUUAACCAUACUUAGGUCCUGUAGGGUGAAUUUUUCUGAAACUAAMCAGUUUACCUUGCUUUAGGUUUAUGAAAGAGCAUUAAGAAUUAAAUCCUGAUCCAACAGCCGAUAUGUAAUAAAUGUGAAUUGCUGUCCUUGAACAUUCUUCCAGUUACCAGUAAUGUUUGUCUGACAGUAGCUGAAUGUAAUUUCUGGAGACUCACGGGAUACGCAUUCCAGGUUAUGGCAGUCAGGCGUUGGAUGUCCUGGUCACUCCUUUUCAGCUAGUCGUUUUUUCAUUAUGGUAGUUUUCUGAGGUUAUUUUAUUGAUGC